AUGAUAGGCAGGUGUAAGCGUCAUUCUAGUCAUGAUGGCCUUAGAGGCCAUUUCAUGUGGGUGGAAAAGCUUGGGAAAGAUGCCCCUCUUUCUGUUCUUCAAAGACACAAGGUGGGAUUCAUUGGUUGUAUGUACAGCUUUUUUGGGUUGUUUUCUGGGUACUGCCGGAGAGAGGUGGGAUUCAUUGGUUGUAUGAAAUUCUCAGCCAGAAACGAAAAGGAUCGUCGCCAAAGAAUGGGGAAGCUUCGUGACCGGAAAGAGUGGAGACUUUGUGGCUGGAGGUUGGGGAAGAAGGCAAGAUUCCCCGGAUUGGGGUUGGGGAUGAAUGGGGAAAAUGCGAUCUCAACAAAUGUUGGCCAGCUAUUAGAGAGGAGGGGAAAAAGGUUUUUGGGUCCAAAAUAUAAAGAUUCAAUAUCAAGCUUCCCUGACUUCCAGGAAUUUUUAGUCUCAAACCCUGAGGUUUAUUGGAGAACUGUAUUGGAUGAAUUGGGCAUAUCUUUUUCUAUGCCUCCCCAAUGUAUCUUACGUGAGAGUACAUUUGAGGAAAGCAUUUCGUCAUACCCAGGUGGUCGGUGGCUUCCUGAUACUAUUUUUUUAGUUGCCCAAGCAAUCAAAACACUGGGCUUGGACAAAAGGUCUGCAGUUGCAAUUGAUAUGCUAAUGAAUGUCAAUUAUGUGGUUAUCUACCUGGCUAUUGUUCUGGCAGGCUAUGUAGUUGUGUCCAUAGCUGAUAGUUUUGCUCCAAUUAAAAUAUCAACAAGAUUGAAAAUAUCAGAAGCAAAAGCAAUAUUUACUCAGGAUUUGAUUAGUCGUGGUGACAAAAGUCAACCAUUAUACAAACAAAGUUUUUUUAUCCUUAAUCUAUGGGUGAACUACCCAGCUUUUUCUAUUUGCUUCCUAUGA